ACGUUGCGUGCUCGCUCGCGCCAGGCGAGUCUCCGCGUCUCCCUCGCGAACUCGGUGAAAGGAAUUGGCGCCGUUCGACACCAGGCGGGUCCGCUCUGCAGCACGAACCCACCUCCAGCCGCAGCCGCAGCCGCCGCCCGGGCCGAGGAGCAGCCGCAGCAGCCGCCACCAGUGGCCGAGCGAGCGGAGCCGAGUUUGAGCCAGCGCCUAGCGGUGAAUCGGGGCCCUCACCAUGAGUUCCUCGCCUGUUAAUGUAAAAAAGCUGAAGGUCUCGGAGCUGAAAGAGGAGCUCAAGAAGCGGCGCCUUUCCGAUAAGGGCCUCAAGGCCGAGCUCAUGGAGCGACUCCAGGCCGCGCUGGACGACGAGGAGGCCGGGGGCCGCCCCGCCAUGGAGCCCGGGAACGGCAGCCUAGACCUGGGCGGGGAUUCCGCCGGGCGCUCGGGAGCAGGCCUCGAGCAGGAGGCCGCGGCCGGCGGCGACGAGGAGGAGGAGGAGGAGGAAGAGGAGGAGGAAGGGAUCGCCGCCCUGGAUGGCGACCAGAUGGAGCUAGGGGAGGAGAACGGGGCCGCGGGGGCGGCCGACGCGGGCCCGAUGGAGGAGGAGGAGGCCGCCUCGGAGGACGAGAACGGCGACGAUCAGGGCUUCCAGGAAGGGGAGGAUGAGCUCGGCGACGAGGAGGAAGGCGCGGGCGACGAGAACGGGCACGGGGAGCAGCAGCCUCAACCGCCGGCGACGCCGCAGCAACAGCCCCCACAGCAGCGCGGGGCCGCCAAGGAGGCCGCGGGGAAGAGCAGCGGCCCCACCUCGCUAUUCGCGGUGACGGUGGCGCCGCCCGGGGCGAGGCAGGGCCAGCAGCAGGCGGGAGGUAAGAAGAAGGCGGAAGGCGGCGGAGGCGGCGGUCGCCCCGGGGCUCCGGCGGCGGGAGACGGCAAAACAGAGCAGAAAGGCGGAGAUAAAAAAAGAGGGGUGAAAAGACCUCGAGAAGAUCAUGGCCGUGGAUAUUUUGAGUACAUUGAAGAGAACAAGUAUAGCAGAGCCAAAUCUCCUCAGCCACCUGUUGAAGAAGAAGAUGAGCACUUCGAUGACACAGUGGUUUGUCUUGAUACUUAUAAUUGUGAUCUACAUUUUAAAAUCUCAAGAGACCGCCUCAGUGCUUCUUCCCUCACUAUGGAGAGUUUUGCUUUUCUUUGGGCUGGAGGAAGGGCAUCUUACGGUGUGUCAAAAGGCAAAGUCUGUUUUGAGAUGAAGGUUACAGAGAAGAUCCCAGUAAGGCAUUUAUAUACAAAAGAUAUUGACAUACACGAAGUUCGGAUUGGCUGGUCACUAACCACAAGUGGAAUGUUGCUUGGUGAAGAAGAAUUUUCUUAUGGGUAUUCUCUUAAAGGAAUAAAAACAUGCAACUGUGAGACUGAAGAUUAUGGAGAGAAAUUUGAUGAAAAUGAUGUGAUUACAUGUUUUGCUAACUUUGAAAGUGAUGAAGUAGAACUCUCCUAUGCAAAGAAUGGGCAAGAUCUUGGCGUUGCCUUCAAAAUCAGUAAGGAAAUUCUUGCCGGAAGGCCACUUUUUCCGCAUGUUCUCUGCCACAACUGUGCAGUUGAAUUUAAUUUUGGUCAGAAGGAAAAGCCAUAUUUGCCGAUACCGGAAGAUUAUACUUUUAUCCAGAAUGUCCCCUUGGAGGAUCGAGUUAGAGGACCAAAGGGACCUGAAGAGAAGAAAGAUUGUGAGGUUGUUAUGAUGAUUGGCUUGCCAGGAGCUGGGAAAACCACCUGGGUUACUAAACAUGCAGCAGAAAACCCUGGUAAAUACAACAUUCUUGGAACAAACACCAUAAUGGAUAAAAUGAUGGUGGCCGGGUUUAAGAAGCAGAUGGCGGAUACAGGAAAACUGAACACGCUGUUGCAGAGAGCUCCCCAGUGUCUUGGAAAGUUUAUUGAGAUUGCUGCCCGUAAGAAGCGGAAUUUUAUUCUGGAUCAGACAAAUGUGUCUGCUGCUGCCCAGAGGAGAAAAAUGUGCCUGUUCGCAGGCUUCCAACGAAAAGCUGUUGUAGUUUGCCCGAAAGAUGAAGACUAUAAGCAGAGAACACAGAAGAAAGCAGAAGUCGAGGGAAAAGACCUACCAGAACACGCAGUCCUCAAAAUGAAAGGAAACUUUACGCUGCCCGAGGUGGCUGAGUGCUUUGAUGAAAUAACCUAUGUUGAACUGCAGAAGGAGGAAGCCCAGAAACUUCUGGAGCAGUAUAAGGAAGAAAGCAAAAAGGCUCUUCCGCCAGAAAAGAAACAAAACACUGGCUCGAAGAAGAGCAAUAAAAAUAAGAGUGGCAAGAACCAGUUCAACAGAGGCGGUGGCCACAGAGGCCGUGGCGGCUUCAACAUGCGUGGUGGCAAUUUCCGAGGAGGAGCUCCUGGGAACCGCGGUGGCUACAACAGGAGGGGCAACAUGCCGCAGAGAGGCGGCGGCGGCGGCGGCAGUGGCGGAAUUGGCUAUCCGUACCCGCGUGGCCCUGUGUUUCCCAGCCGAGGCGGUUAUUCCAACAGAGGGAACUACAACAGAGGUGGCAUGCCCAACAGAGGGAACUACAACCAGAACUUCAGAGGACGAGGAAACAAUCGUGGCUACAAAAAUCAAUCUCAGGGCUACAACCAGUGGCAGCAGGGUCAAUUCUGGGGUCAGAAGCCAUGGAGUCAGCAUUAUCACCAAGGAUAUUAUUGAAUACCCAAAUAAAACGAACUGAUACAUAUUUCUCCAAAACCUUCACAAGAAGUCGACUGUUUUCUUUAGUAGGCUAACUUUUUAAACAUUCCACAAGAGGAAGUGCCUGCGGGUUCCUUUUUUAGAAGCUUUGUGGGUUGAUUUUUUUUCUUUUCUUUUUUGUACAUUUUUAAUUGCAGUUUUAAAGUGAAUCGUAAGAGAACCUCAGCAUUGUGCACGAUAAGAGAAUGUGUCAGUAUUUCAGGGUUCUACAUUUUAUCUGUAAAAUGUGACUUUUUUUUUUAUCACAACAAAAGUAAAAUGUUGCUUUGUACCUGGUGUCUUUUAUUAAGAAUUUACUCCCCCCAUUUCUCACAGAGAUAACAGUCGGGAGUCAUUGUCACAAUAUAAUAGAAAUGUUAGCAACCAGAUUCAUGUAAGGACUAAGGCGUCCUCAUGAAUUGCAUAAGACUCUGUACUGCUCAUAGUACACUCCAUCCUCUCUCUAGUUCGCUGAGUAGUGGAGGGGGAAAGCUUCAAUAGUAGUUUCCGACAAUAACUGGGAAGGCUUUUUUUCUUCUUUUAAAUAACAAUGGAAUUGGCAUAAUUGGGAAUGAAGAUAAAAAUUGGAACCAAGAUAGAGAAGAUGGAGUGUAUGUAGAAGGGCUGUUAAAAAUGUAAAACUUGGUUGCAUUCUUUGUGGAGGCUCAAACUUGUGAAGGUUCAAUACCAUACUUUUUCCAUUUGUUCUGCAUUUUGAUUCUGAAAAGAAAGCUGGCUUUGCCCAUUUCUUAUUAAAAAAACUUGUUGUAAAUCCAGUUGUCUAAUGGGAUCUAUAUGAAGUUAGCUAUGUCUGUAUGCCCUUCUCCCACAAAAUACUGUAUAACUAGUGUGCUUGUAGUAGUUACUCCACCAUCUUUGUAAGCUAAUGACAUUGUGAGUCACCCAUUUAUAUCUUAAUUUUUAAUCAUGUCAGUUCUUGAAUGGGUAUCUCCUUAGCCUGCUGAUUUCUUUUUCUUUCUAAAGAAAGUGGGUGGAGAAAUUAAUUUAGACGUUUGUUUGCAAUAAAAAGAAUUCAUUUUA